GGCGGAGUUUAUGGUGGAGGGAAUGACGUAGUUCCUUCCCAUUGGCUGCUUGGAUGUUGGGGGGCGGCUAAUGCUCAGCUAGGAGAUGUAAGGGCGGCUUCAUUCCGCCGUCAGUUUUCGUGAAAGUCGCACGUGCAUCACGCCCAUAUCUCCUCCAGACCAUCCCCUAAACUCUCGCAAUCAUGUUGGACAACUUCAACGCCGGCGUUAAGAGCUAUGGCUUCGGUGUGAAGGCCUUCAAGAGGUACCCAGAGAUCAUUCCUCUAGUAACCAUCAUGGGAAUUGCAACUGUAGGAGUGUCAGCCUUCUCCCUCUAUGCUCUCUUCAAAAAGACAGAUGUCCAGAUUAACCGCUCCGAUCUCGCUCGCUGGGAAACCAUCGACGUCAACAAGCCACAAAAGAGCCGUAUAAAAGGUCAGGGGAUGAAUGCAGGAGUGCUUGCUACAACGGCAAUGCAUAUCACAACUUGGAAAGAAAAGUAGAAGAUCCUGACCUUCAACCAGACCUAUGGCGAAGACCCUUCCAUCACCGCCCUGAAGAAGGAGAUCUCAGACGCCUACAAGAGGCAGUAAAAAAAAAUAUAUAUAUAUAUGUAGUAGUAAUGAUAUAGUUGAGAUAAAAGAGUGCAUAUGUGAUUGACAUUCCUUUAUGAGCCUUUUAAGUUCGUGUACCUUGUGUUAGCUCUCUCAAAGUGGGAAUAAUAUAACAACAAAGAAAGUUGUUUCGACUUCUUACAUACGAGAGAAACAGCGCCUCUCUCGUGAGAUUGUAUAUCAUUCGCGUUUUGUGGUUUUAUUUUUAUAUAUAUUGUGCAAUAACAACGGCUCUAUUGAUUAGAAGGCGAGGAGGAAACAGAUUCAACUUUAUACAAUAGGGGGAUGAUGCAGCAAUUUCUCUCUCUCUCUCUCUCUUUAAAUAUACACAAAAAGAUAAUUUGAAAAUUUCUCUCAAAUAUAUACAAAAGGAAGAUAUAAAACUACUUACAAAAAAUGUGACAAUUUCUCUCUCUCUCUCUCUCUCUCUCUCUAACUGCAUACAAGAGCAUAAUGUAAAAUCUCUCUCUCUCUCUCUCUGUAACUACAUAUGACGAUUUCUCUCUCUCUCUCUCUCUCUCUCUCUCUCUCUCUCUCUCUCUCUCUGUAACUACAUACAAAAGAAAAGCAUGAUAUGACGAUUUCUCACUCUCUCUCAAACUGUAUACAAAAGGUGUGACAACUCACUCUCUCUCUCUCUCUCUCUCUCUCUCUCUCUCUCUCUCUCUCUCUCUCUCUCAAACACACAAACAGACCAUUUUACGCUCAUGAUAUUCAAUAUUAAUUUCACCACAUGGAGUACAGCUCAAGGGAUGAAAGAUUCUCCUACUAAACUGAUCCAGCGUAUUUACCAAUACGUUCGACAUCAAAGGGGAAGAUUGUGCUGCAAUUGCUCCUGCUACUUGCGUCAUCCUAACAACCCGCUCCCCCCCCCCCCCCCAACUACCGACACCCACUCCCACCAAAUCCUCCCCCUCCUAUCCUUCAUAAAGAUCCAAUUCCGAUAUACGUAUGUAUUUAGAUUACGUUACUCACGGGAAUUCGUUGUAAACAUCGGAUAGGUAGCAGAUAUUUAAUUUGAGAGAGAGAGAGAGAGAGAGAGAGAGAGAGAGAGAGAGAGAGAGAGAGAGAGAGCGCUUUUGAAAUUUAAUUCGUUAUUUCGCCAUUUAAGAUUUCUCCCAUUUCAUAUUUACCGAAAAGGUAAGAAUUUUGGGUUGUUUUAAUUAUAUUUCUUAGCUGCGUUUUUGUGUACAUGGGCCUUUGUUAUUCAUGACAGUAAUUUGUCUUCUUUGAUUAUUCAUGACUAAGUUAUUCUUUGAGUUAGGCAUAUGCACUCGAACA